CCCCGGCCUCCCGUGGCCCUCUGCCCGCCCCUGCUCCGGCUCGGGCUUUCGCCGGGCUCCUUCUGCACGGCGGCUCCGGGCGCGUCUGAGCGGCGGCCGCGGGGCAGCCAGGGGUGCGCGGAGGAAAAGUUGCCGGCGCCGGAGAGACAGCCAUGGCUCACCUGAGGUCUCUACUCCAAGCAGCAGCAGCGGCUCGACAGUUACCCCACUCUGGACGAAGGCUCCGGUUCUUCACUAGUGGUGCUGGCCUAACUACCAAGAAGAAUGUCCCAUACCAGAAGACGCUGAAGGAAGAGGGCCUCUCCUCCCCUGAAGGGCCUACAAAGCCCCUUCCUGCCUCUGCAGAUGUGGUGGUGGUGGGCGGGGGCAGCCUCGGAUGCCAGACAAUCUACCACCUUGCCAAGAUGGGCAUGACCAAUGUGGUCUUGCUCGAAAGGGAUCGUUUGACCUCAGGGACCACCUGGCAUACUGCAGGACUCUUGUGGCAGUUGCGCCCGAGUGAUGUGGAGGUGGAACUCUUGACUCAUACCCGCAAUGUGGUCAGCUGGGAGCUGGAGGAAGAGACGGGCCUUCACACAGGCUGGAUCCAAAAUGGGGGACUCUUCAUUGCUUCCAACAAGCAGAGACUGGAUGAGUACAAGAGGCUUAUGUCACUGGGCAAAGUUUUCGGCAUUGAAUCGCACGUCCUGUCUCCGGAGGAAACCAAAGAGCUCUACCCCUUGAUGAAUGUGGAUGACCUCUACGGAACCCUCUAUGUCCCAGAGGAUGGCACAAUGGAUCCUGCUGGGACCUGCACUUGCCUCACCCGGGCAGCCAGCAACCGAGGGGCUCUGAUCAUUGAAAACUGCCCCGUUACUGGCAUUGAAGUCAGGACAGAUGACUUUGGGGUCCCACGGGUGGCGGCUGUGCUGACGAAACAGGGAGACAUCCAGACGUCCUGUGUGGUCAACUGCUGUGGUGUGUGGGCCCAAGCCCUGGGGGAAAUGGCUGGCGUCCAGGUGCCCCUGGUGGCCAUGCACCAUGCCUAUGUGGUGACAGAGAAGAUUGAGGGAAUCCAGAACAUGCCAAAUGUUCGAGACCACGAUGCCUCCGUGUAUUUGCGUCUCCAAGGUGAUGCCCUUUCUGUGGGUGGCUAUGAAUCAAACCCCAUCUUUUGCGAGGAGGUGUUGGACGAUUUUGCUUUUGGUCUCUUCAAUCUGGACUGGGAUGUAUUUACACAGCAUAUUGAUGGUGCCAUCAACCGAGUCCCAGCUCUGGAGCAAACUGGAAUUAAAUCAACUGUCUGUGGACCAGAAUCCUUCACUGCAGACCAUAAACCUCUCCUAGGGGAAGCUCCAGAAGUCCGUGGCUUUUUCCUGGGAUGUGGCUUCAACAGUGCUGGAAUGAUGCUUGGAGGAGGCUGUGGGAAGGAACUGGCCCACUGGAUUGUCCAUGGACAUCCGGAGAAGGACAUGUUCAGCUAUGACAUUAGGAGGUUUCACCGCUUCCUCACGGGCAACCAUCGCUGGAUCCGAGAGAGGAGCCAUGAGUCCUACGCCAAGAACUACUCCAUCGUGUUCCCCUACGAUGAGCCACUGGCCGGGCGUAACUUGAGGAAGGACCCUCUGCAUGAGGAACUGCUGCUUCAGGGCUGCGUCUUCCAGGAGCGACACGGGUGGGAGAGGCCAGGCUGGUUCAACCCGGUGAGCAAAGCACCGGUGCUGGACUACAACUAUUAUGGGGCUUACGGCCACCCGUCCCGUGAGGAGGAUGCCUACCGCCAGCUGCUCUCCGAGGAGUACACCUUCGACUUCCCUCCUCAUCAUAGCACUAUCAGGAAGGAAUGUUUGAGCUGCCGAAAUGCUCUCGCUGUCUUUGACAUGUCUUACUUUGGCAAAUUCUACCUGGUGGGUCCGGAUGCCAGGAAGGCAGCCAACUGGCUCUUCACGGCUGAUGUUCACAAGCCCCCAGGGACCACCGUUUACACCUGCAUGCUGAACAAAGAUGGGGGAGUGGAAAGUGAUUUGACAGUUAGUCCGAUCAACCCGGGGCCCCGAGACUCAGCCCUGGCACCUGACUUUGAAGGGGAUGGCUACUACCUGGCUAUUGGGGGUGCUGCUGCCCAGUAUAACUGGUCACACAUUGGGACGGUGCUGCAGGAGAAGCAUUUUCAGUGCCAGUUGAUCGACCAGUCGGAACAGCUGGGCAUGAUCAGCAUUCAAGGCCCCGCCAGCAGGACUGUCCUGCAGGAAGUUCUCGAUGUAGACCUCAGCAACGAGGCCUUCCCAUUCUCCACCCACCAGCUGGCCAAGGCUGCUGGCUAUACGGUGCGGGCCAUGAGGCUGUCUUUCGUGGGCGAGAUGGGCUGGGAGCUGCAUGUGCCCCGGGAGCAUUGCCUGAAAGUCUACCGGGCUGUCAUGGAAGCCGGGGCCAAGCACGGCAUUGCCAACGCCGGAUACAGAGCCAUCGACUCCCUCAGCAUUGAGAAAGGUUAUCGGCACUGGCAUGCAGAUCUACGCUCAGAUGACAGUCCCCUGGAAGCCGGCCUGGCCUUCACCUGCAAGCUGAAGUCGGAGGUGGCUUUCCUGGGACGGGAGGCGGUUGAAGCCCAGAAAGGCGCUGGUCUCUUCCGUCGCCUGGUCUGUUUCACCAUCGACGAGAAAGUCCCCCUCUUUGGCUUGGAGGCUAUUUGGCGCAACAACCAGGUGGUGGGGCACAUCCGAAGGGCGGACUUUGGACACGCUAUCAACAAAACGAUUGCCUAUGGCUACAUCCGAGAUCCUGAAGGAGGGCCGGUCUCCCUCGAGUUUAUAAAAAGCGGCGACUACAUUUUGGAGAGAAUGGGAGUUCCCUUUCCAGCCAAAGUCCACACCAAAUCGCCUUUUGAUCCAGAGAACAAGAGAGUCAAAGGGAUCUACUGAAUUUGUUGAACGUGGACCGGGCACACAGGAAGGAGGGAACAGUUAAAUGAAAUGGAACAUGGAAAGUUCAAGGCAACAUUUGUGGCUCAAUGGGCUCAUGCCCACCACACUCCUGAGGCUGAGUGUUGAGAAAAGUGAAUUUCCUCUUUCAAACACUUAACCAGGAAGGCCGGCUGUGCGUCUCCAACAUGCUCCCAAAGGUGGAGUUUUUUUGGGAGUCUUGAUGCCACAAACACAUUGAUUCCAUAAACAGCCUGGCUUAACUAGUAUCCCAUUCAGAUUGUCCCCAUUUUGGGCCACUUGGUCCUUCUGACAUAAUUAUAAUAAAAAGGACAAUCGUAUCACAUUUCUAAAAUUCAAACUGAUUGUUAGCAUCUAGCUUUAAAUAAAAUAUUUCCCAAGAUAA